AUGGCGCGUCACGGAUCCAGCUGAAUCUAGGGUAUCUUGCAAGCGAAGCCCUGAAAACUACGAUCUCUACAUUGAUAUCAUCAGUAUCGCUUAAAUAGGCUACGCGUAUAUUACUGCGUGGUCGUUUACCUGCAAAGGCACGAAGAAGACGAGGCAUCGGGAGAACUGUCAAGACUUCAAAACCACACAAAACGGCUAUCAGUCUAUGGGCUCUCAGUCCAGUUCUGGGAUGUCCGGUCGGGGUUCCAGUGGCAACCCAGACCAGUCUGAACCAGAAUCCAACCAGAACUCCAACCAGCGUGGGCGCCGAUCGGCAGAAAGACAGGCAGACAGACAGACAGCUGCAGAGGAGGACGUCGAUUUAGCCCAAGUGCUGGCGUACUUACUGAGAAGGGGCCAGGUUAGACUGGUCCAUGGCAGCGGAGCCACCGGCCUGCAGCUCGUCCAGUCGUAUUCAGACUCUGAUGAGGACAGCGAUGGGGCUUGGGACGGCCGUCUGGGACACCGCUACGACCCCCCUGUGGACACCCAGCCGGACACGCAGGAUGUGGACCGGAGCGAGAUUCGAACCCAGAUCCUGCUGGCCACAGCCUCGUCGGGCCUGAAGGGCAAACACAGCUUUACACAUAUGCUGGCUGAGAGAGAACAAGGACGGUGCCGCGGUUCCAGUUUCUCUCACGGAGAGUGUAGCCGUAUUCGCUCUCACUUCCUGCCCAACCAUGUGGCACAUAAAGAGACAUAUCAACAGAAAGCGUUUUGUGGAGUCUACAGUGAAGAUGGAAAUAUGUUUCUCUCUGCCUGUCAGGAUCAGGUCAUCCGUCUGUAUGACACCAGUCGGGGUCGUUUUGCUCUGAAAAGGGCAGUGAAGGCUCGGGAUGUAGGCUGGAGUGUGCUGGAUGUAUGCUUCACCCCGGACUCACGCUGCGUCCUCUACUCCAGCUGGUCUGACUACAUCCAUGUCUGCAGUAUAGAUGGAGACAGUGAAACGCACACCGCCCUGGACCUCAAUCCAGAUGAAAGAAGAUUCUGUGUGUUCUCACUGGCGGCGUCCACAGACGGAAAGGAGAUUCUGGGCGGAGCAAACGAUGGUUGCCUUUAUGUAUUCGACCGUGAACAGAACAAACGAACGCUAAAGAUCGACGCUCAUGAGGACGACGUGAACGCGGUGGCGUUCGCCGACAGUUCGUCUCAGUUGCUGUUUUCGGGCAGUGACGACGCCCUGUGUAAAGUGUGGGACAGACGGACGCUCAGAGAGGACAGGCCGCAGCCCGUGGGACAGCUCGCCGGACACAGAGACGGCAUCACCUUCAUAGACAGCAAGGGUGACGCUCGGUAUCUGAUCAGUAACUCUAAGGACCAGUGCAUUAAGCUUUGGGACAUAAGGAAAUUCUCCCCCAAGGAGGGUCUGGCUGCCUCCCGCCUGGCUGUCACUCAACAGAACUGGGACUACCGCUGGCAGCAGGUCCCUCAGAGAGCGCUGAAGAGGCAUAAACUGGCAGGGGACACGUCGGUGAUGACCUAUCGGGGUCACGGCGUCCUGCACACCCUCAUUCGCUGCCGCUUCUCCCCCGAGUUCAGCACCGGCCACCGAUUCAUCUACACCGGCUGCUCGACCGGCAGAAUUAUCAUCUACGACGUACUGACGGGGGGCAUAGUGUCUCGUCUCUCUGACCAUGAUGCGUGUGUGAGGGAUGUUAGCUGGCACCCAUAUGAGGACAGCAUAGUCAGCAGCUCUUGGGACGGAUCGGUGCGUCUGUGGAAACACAGGCAAACUCACCCACUGGACGAGGAGAGGGAGUGUGGGAGUGUCACAGAGGAAAGGAAAAGAGAAAAAAAGUGACGUCACAAAUGGGCAGACUCAAGA